UUAAGGUAGUUUAAAUACACUAUGACACCGCUUGUUUUAUCAAAGUUCAGAUUAAAUCGUUGGUAAAUCUGUCCAUCAAAGGGUUGAAAUAUACAUCGUGCAUAGUGUCACAUUUCCAACAACUACUGUUUUCGGUGUUACUUAAUUUCAAUUUAAAGUCCGCUUUGAAAUUUAUGUUUUUCGUUCGAUGGCAUUUGUAACGUGUUUCAGUGUCAACACCAACUGUUUAAGACAUAUUUAAAAGGAUGAUUUAAAAGUUUCAUUUUCUUAAAUGACAAACGAUUGAUUUUAAUUUGAAGGAUUUAAUCUGAGGAUAACAAGAAAAAUGCAGAAACUACUGAAAGUGUUUUUUGUACAAUUAAUAUUGUUUUAUGUGUGUACAUUUUCAAGAAAAAUAGGAACAAGUGUAAAAUUGACACAUAGGGAUAAAUUAAUGAUUGUUAACUAUCAUAAUGAUAUUAGACGGCUUAUUUAUGCAUCAAAUAUGCAAGCUUUGAGUUGGGACCAUGCAGCUGCAGAGAAAGCACGAGAGUGGGGACAUAAUUGUAUAUUUAAUAGACUAUGGGAUGACAACUAUGGUGAAAACUUGUACAAAACAUAUUUUACAAAAGCUACGAGAUUUCGUGAAGUAAUGAUGGACGCAUUAAAAGAUUGGGAUAAAGAGAGACAAAAUUUAUUUUCGUGGGAUGUGAAAUGUACAGAAAGUGAAACAUGCAACUACAAACAGCUAGUCAGUGCUAAAUCGGAUUCGGUUGGUUGUGCUUUGAUAAAAUGUCCGAGGAUGAUCGAAAGUAAGAAAACAACCAAUUACAAUAUGAACUAUUUCAUCUGUUUCUACUCACCAAAAGUAGAAUUAGAUAAACAACCUUUUACAUAUGGCAGGAAAUGUUCAGCAUGUCCACAAGGCUAUCAUUGUAAACGGAAAAUGUGCACAAAGAAGAAAUGGAAAAAAAUCAAGCACAGUGGAAAUGUGAUUAAAGAAAAAUUACCAGAAAGAACACUAAAUAUACCAACAACAAAUAUCAUCAUUCGAGAAGACUCUAGAGGAUAUACACAUCACAGAAACACAUCGAAUGACCAGACAAAUGUAUUGUUACCAAUUCCUCCUGCAGCACUGACGGGGAGAGAGGCCAGUGAAAAGGUGUUUAAUGGUGGAAAUACUGAGAUUAAAAUAACCCCACGGAGGAGAAGAAUGAAGCGACAAUCUAGCAGACGAUACUCAUCAUACGACGAUUACCUUCGUAGAGAUAGACUACGUCGGGAGAGACAACGAGCGCAACAAUUAUAUGAGCGUGAACAGCUAAGACGCCAACGAGAGGAACAGGCGGCUCAUCAAAGACGCAAUUCAAGGCCUUCUGCAGACAUACGAAGACGACCUAACACCCAAACCGAAAGAAGACAGCCGCAAAGAAAUACGGCACCAGGUAGUGUUACAGUAGAAGAGCAGAAUUAUCUAACACAGGCACACAAUCUUUUGAGAGGGAGUCAGAUGACAGCAUUGAAAUGGAGUAGAUACCUUCAACGAUGGGCGGAUUAUGUUAUACGAUGUCAGGUUGAGUAUCCCGGUCCUAUCACAACAUACACAAACUUUGGGAAAAUUUCAAAUGGCGGCAAUAUCUAUAACAUCGUCUACAACUGGGGAAAUGAAGGAUACAAUGUUAAUAAAAAACUUGAGACCGGUUGUAGAACACCUGCCGACAGAGAAAGAUGUAAUCAUAAUGUUAUUGUGAGAAACGAGUUUCUGCGAGAGUAUGCUUGUGCUGCUAGAAAUUGCCAGAGUGGAAUAAGACAACUUACUUGCAUUUAUCGAUAGCUGGAAAAGACAAACAAAACUCUAAAGAAUCAAAAUAUAUAAUGUACUACCUUUUUACUCACAGAUAAUAUUCAGGGAUAUAUGACUGUUACAUUAUACUAGCAUUUCUUUGUAAACUAAACAGUGAUAUUCGCGACAUUAAUUUGUGACUAAUAAUGUAAGUUUUGUUAUUUAAUUCCAAAUUUGUUUCUAAAAACAUCAUGUAUUAAAUAGUAGGUUGUGUGUAUAUAUUGAAAGAAAAUUAUAAGCAUAAAUGUACCAAUGUAAAACAUAUUAUUUGAAAUUGGUUUUUCUGAGAUGUUAAAAAUGUGUAGGUAUUAAUCUAAAAUGAUUUUUUAUUGUACAUGUAUGUGUGAACAAUUCGACGGUAUAUAAAUAAUACUGACCAGUGCAAGAGUCCUUAAUGUAAUAGUAUAUGAAAUCACCGGUAAAUACUUUUUUUAAGCUAUACUAUCUUUUUAUUUCAGGCUGAUUGAAAUUUGUUCUAUAAAUACUUUUACUUAUCAAGAAAGUUUAAUUAAUGAUACAUUUAUAACAUAACUGAAUUGCUUUGCAAAAGAAAAGUACUUUUAUUAGAGAUAACAACAAGUUUCUGAAAUACAUUUACAAAGUAAAUAGCAAAACAACCAAAAUAUCUGUUUUCUAGAUACAAAAUUUUACAACAACAUAUAAUUUUACAAUAAUUAGUGAUUACAAAUAAGUUAAAUGAAGAUUCACUGAA